AGACAGCCACACAUUCAGGGAAGGAAACCGUAAAAAAGUGUAACCAAAAUGCCAGUAACUAGGAAAAGGGGGGCGGACGCUGGGAGUGAGCCAGAGGUAACGCCAGGGAAGAAAACGAGAGAAGGCGAGGAUAAAGAGGAGGCAAAGACUGCCAGUUCUGGGGUCUCCCUGAGGAAACUCGCUCUCACGAGACAGGCGGACCAGGAGCCUUCGGGAUCUCUGACGCCCACGAGGAGGUCCGGAAGAUUCUCGAGUUCGGACAGUUCGGGUCAGGAACUGCAAGUCCCAGCCAGUAAGUCGAAGAGACAGUCCUUGGGGGGCUCAGAGAGGCAAGAUACCCCAACGGUGUUGACCCCAAACAGACGGUCGAGGAGGUUGUCGGGUGCAGACAGCAAAGAUGUCCCAGCGGUUGACACGCCAACAAGACGGUCGCGGAGACUGUCUGGUGCGGAUUCUGCGGAUACCCCGGUCGUCCAGACGCCAACAAAGCGUUCACGUAGGUUGUCUGGUGCUGAGCUAGAGGACGUUUCAGGGACUCUGACCCCAACCAGACGAUCACGCAGACUGUCGGGUUGUGAUUCUCUUGAUUUACCGGCUGUGCAGACGCCCACCAGAAGGACAAGAAGGAACAGUGGCGUCUCAGAAGGAGAGCCAGCCGAGGAACCACAGGAACUGCCUCUUGUGCCCAAAAGGAGGAGGUCUCUCUCAAAGACUGAUGUCGAGAAGGAGUUGAAAGCAUCUGAGGCUCUGGAGAUCAUUGCAGAAGAUGAGGAACAAUCACAUGCCGCAGCUGAGAAAUUGGAGGGUUUGGAGGUCAUCAGGGAAGAUGAGGAAGAGGAGGAAGAGCAGGAAGUGCAGUCGAAAGGGAGAACUCCAAGCAAAGGUAAUAAAAAGAAGAAGGAAGAGAGUGAUGUGGAAGUAGAUGUUGUGGGACUGGAGGGAGACGCCAAAGAUAGCAAAUCACAAGAAGAAGUUUCAGAAGACAAUGACAGGGAGUUGAAACUAGUGAUUGACUUGGAGCCUGAUGACGUACCAGACAAACCGACACCUAAAUGCAACAAAAAAACACCAGUUAAGCAGACAUUAAAUUCUGAUGAAGUAGAAAGUGAAAAAACAUUAGCAUUAAAAGAGAAAACACCCAUCAAGCAGAAAUUAGACUCGGAUAAGAAAUUAACUGAAAAGUCGCCAAAGCAGAAGACGCCAGCAAAGGUAAAAGAAAAUGCUGUUGAUAAGAAAGAAGGAAAUUCACCGGCUCUUCAGAAGGCAAAUGAUAAUAUUGAAAAGAAAACCCCACAGAAGGAGAAAAUAGAAUCUGCUAAUAAGAAAGAAAUGGAAAAAUCCCCAAAACUGAAACCGAAAACACCAAUGAAGCAGAAAAUAAACUCUCCUGGAGAGAAAGAAGCCAUUACAUCUCCCAAAAUAACAAAGAAAUCACCAGCUAAGCAGGAAAUUGAUAAGAAUAUAGCCGACAAGAAAGAGAAAGAAAGCAUUCCAUCAGCUGUGGAAGAGAAAGAGAAAGAUGCAACAGAGGAAGGAAAGGAAAACAAAAAAGCUACAGAUACUCAAGAAUCAAAACCACAAGACGGCAAGGAAAAACAAGAGGCAAAUAACAACAUUUCAAAGAAAGUAAAGAUCAGGAAGAAAAAGAAUUCAAAACCAAAAACAGAAGAGGAGCUGAAAAAGGAAGCCAUCCAGAGCAUUCCUAAAGGAGUACCGGUGUCGGGACGCAUUUGGAAGGAGGAAAAGAAAUGUUUCCGCACGACCAUGAAGAAAUCCAAGUCGCAUACGUCGAGCUGGGCCAAGAAAAUGCAGCUAAAGCGCGAGAGGCAGGAGUUCUCAGCGAUCAAGACAGCCAUCGAUGAGGAGAAGCAGAGGAAGAGGGAGGAACUUAAGAAACGGCAGAAGCUCAACAAGGUCCGCCGCGAGGAGAAUGCCAAGAAGGCGGAGGUCGUGCAAGUGAUCAAAGACGCUCGAAAGCUGAAGAAGAUGAGCAAGAAACAGCUGAGAUACAUUGAGACCAGAGACACCACUGUGAUCGGGAAACAGUACGGUUAAUGGGGAUAGGUGAAUAGUUAAUGGGAAUAAGGGUGGGAGAGGGAAAGUUGGGGAUUAAUUAGGGGCAGAAUAGAUAGUUUGUGAACAGAUUAUGAAGGAAGGAAGAUUGGAAUCACAUUUGGAAUAUUGUCGAACAGGUUUUUCCAUUUUGUUUAUGUUUAAUGAGAAACUUUGUGUUGAAUCUGCAAGAGAAGUUUAAUUUGACAUCAAUAUUAUUAUGCAUUUACAUUGGCAAUUUUGUAUUUGUACAAGUGAUUGUGAGAUUUAAAGAUGAUGUUUCAAAUUUUAUAAUAUUUGUUACUAACAAGUAAGUAUGAAUCUGUACAUGAAUAUAUCCAUGUAAGUUAUUAUUUUGAAAUAAAAAUGUUUAGGGA